CAUCCCAUGAUUCAUAGACGAAAGGCGUGACCAACAGAUAAAAUGGACGACGAACCGAUAAAUGACCAGGAAAAGGUUAGGAUAGUGUCUAAUUUUAUAAGACACGCCCCACCUGGAGAGUUCAAUGAAGUAUUUAAUGAUGUACGUAUUUUGUUGAAUGACGACGUGUUGUUAAAAGAGGGAGCUUCUGGGUCAUUUGCCCAAUACAAUCGGGAACAGUUUACCCCCUGUAAGCUAGAUGGUUCUGAUGAACAGACUUUGAUUACAGAACAUGCUGAUGUAGGAGGAGGGAGAUAUUUAGACCCCAGAACAAAACAGACAUUCAAAUAUGAACACUUGAGAAAGGAGGCCACUGAUUACCGACCAGCUGACAUUGAUAAUGUUGCGGAGAGGUGGCGGAAGCCCAUUGAAACAGCAAUUACUGCGUACACACAUUCUUUUUACAAAUAUGGCGUUACAUCUGUAUAUGCCACUUCCGCAGGAGGAAACGUUACCAUCAUAGCCUGUAUAGAGAGCCACCAAUUCCAGCCGAAAAACUUCUGGAAUGGCCGCUGGCGAUCACAGUGGUCAGUAACUUUCCCAGAGACGGGAGGAAAAGCUGAGCUCACAGGAGUCCUAAAAGUCCAGGUCCAUUAUUAUGAAGAUGGAAAUGUUCAGUUAGUCAGCAACAAAGAAGUGAAAGUGCCAAUUGACAUGAGUAAUGAGCAGCAGGCGGCAAAUGAAUUUGUUAGUCUUGUAUCAGAGUCUGAGGGAGAAUACCAGAAAGCUAUAUCAGAAAACUACCAGACAAUGUCUGACACUACAUUCAAGGCUUUGAGACGACAGCUACCUGUUACACGUACCAAGAUUGACUGGAACAAAAUUAUUGGUUACAAGAUAGGCAGUGAACUCAAGAAUGCUUAACCAGGGGUUCUCAUUUAGUAACAGGUUAAAACAGUGACGGGAGAGCGUGCAAGGGACAGCCAAUCAGCGGCAAGACUAGGCUCAAACUAAAGACUUAUUCUCAAUAACAAAGCCAUAUAAUGUAAUGUCUGUUUGCGAUAAUUGACAAAACAACAGAAGGAUUUUAUGAUGUAAUUCUAGUGUUUCAAGUAAAAGAGGAGGACGCUAGUGGAUAAGAAAGCUUGUAUCUUUUAUUACUGUAUCGAAAUAUUGCAAUAUAUCAAAACACAAAAAAAAAAAUGUUAAAUUUUUCUAUUUUGUAUCAGAUUUGAUACAUUGUAACCGAUGUGCUUAUUUAUCCUUUUAAGCUACGGCUGUCCCUGGCUAGAUCUUUUUGUAUAUAUUUGUCUCCAGCUGGCCUUGAAUGGCCCACCUCUUGAAGGAUAUGAACUAUGCAGGCUGUAGGUUUGGAUGACCCCUUCAUUUGGCUAUCUGAAUUAGGUUCUGUUCAACAAAGGCCUAUGUUAAUGAUAUAUCCCAACCAUUACGCCUCUGUUUUCAACAAAAUGAACAAAGGCUGGUUAAAUUGAGUAGAUUUUUAGAGUGAAAUCUGCAUAAAUUAGAAGAAAUAAUGGAUAUGAAUGAAAUUACCAAAUUUGAAAAUGUUUGGUUUCUUUUUGAGAUGGAUUAAAUCACUAAAUAAAGACAUGAUAAUUUAAUUCUGGAGCUUUGGUCCAGCCAAAAUGUAACUGUAUACCGUUCAUCUAAAGAAGAAUGCAUUACUUAUUUCAUUGGUAAUUAUAUUUGUUUCUCUAUUUCUGAGUGAGGGUUCCAAAGAUCUUGCUACAAUAUUAUGCGUCUUUACUGGUAAAUUUAAUAAAACAUUCACCUUUGCAUUCAUACACCUCAUCACGUGUUAAAUCCCUGCUGGAUACUGGAACACCUGUUGAUCCGUACCAUAAAUUCAGGGGAGGCAACCUGAUACCCCGUCGUCAUUGUUGACCCGUAGGAAAUUCUGUUGACGAGUGAAGGCCAUCAGCCAGGCUUGUAAGACUUGUAGAAAGCCCUGAUUUUUGUUUGCUGAAAGACAGCUAUCUGUGAACAGUGCUUGGAAAUUGUGAGGAGUAACUUUUCACUCUUACUGUAAGGACUUUUUUUUUUCUCUUGCUGAAAGCCAGCUAACAGUGUACAGAACCCAAAUCCAAGCUGCACUGAGACGUUAUCUGUAUACUGCUAAUCCUAUGCACGAGUACCACAACAUUCUGAGAGAUGCUCCCCUAGCCAGAACGGUAUUAUGCCUGAGUGAAAGGUGGUAUUAUUCUGAAAUAAUAAAUGUAACCUGAAGAAUUUUAUCUGUGAAACUAAAUUUUAUUUGUUUAUUGUUUCAAACCACGGAAAAGUGAAGCAAAAGUAAAAUAAUGUAUCCGGUGAGGUGUAUGAGUGUCUUUGUGUCCUCAAACCAACAGUUCUAUGUCCGCUGUCUGUAAGCAAGCCCGUGAGUCCUUUCGCUUGGUCAGAAAGAUUGAGUUGAGUGGUCUUAUCUUUGUAAUGUCACCAAAAAAAAUCAGGAAUCGUGAGACUGCUAACAACCUGUGUAGCGUAUUUCUGGUGAGCAACCCCAGUUACAAUCACAAUUACGAUCAUGUUGUGAUGUUGCCGUACCUAGUAAUGUUGUCUGCCCUAGUAAUGUUGUCAACCCUGGAUGCAUGCGGUGUUUAUACAGUGGUCUGAUGCGUUUUUUCUUUCUUUCUUUUUUUGCUAUUAGUAGUUCUUGAUUUUCAGCUGUCAGUAUCUUCUCGUGUAUCCUGGGUGAUUCGUUGGGUCUUUCGUUUACGAUUAUUGAAGCAAGAAGCAUUGCUCACGCUAUGUAACAUCGUUUCAAGUACAGCAUAGGGUUCCUCUGGCUCAGUUAUUCUAACUUCUGAAUGAAGAUUUGAUUUCAUGAAUAUUUUGUAAUGUGUAAAGUUAUGUCUUAUGUUACUUUGGGAGUAGUCGUAUGCUGGAUUUCAAGUUAGCUGCUUCGGCAUUUUUUUUUUUUU